CUAACGUCCGUCACGCUCCUCCCGAGUUACGCACGACGUCGAGCUCACGCAGUUCGUGCAUCCGAGCAUCUUCGUUAAGGUCUAAGCCAUGGCCCGCGCCCGCCGUCGCAAUGGUAAGAAGACACCCGAGUCGGGCGCUGCAGACGAGCCAGAGGAGGGUGCUGCUGAGGCUGCCGAGACGACCGAGGAGACCGCUCAGGCCAGCGACGAUUCGUGUCCUGCAUGCGCCGGCCGCAGCACAGAGCAGUGGGCGGCGGCGGACAAAGAGAACUGGGUCCGCUGCGACGCCUGCAAAACAUGGUACCACUGGCGCUGUGCGGGCGACGGUGGCGAACUCGAAGCGAUCGACAAAUGGUUCUGCAAGGCGUGCAUGGACCAGGAUCCUGCGCGGACGAUCACAAUGAAGCCGCCGGCACGCAAGUCGGCGCGCAAGAAGACGCAGCGCGACUAUGCCGGCCUGCAUAAUGUGGGCGCGGAGGCGGGGCCGGACAAGUGGAUACGCAUCCUCGAGGGCAAAAAGAUCAGGGAAAACCCAUUCCGGCGGAUGAAGGGCUCGGAGGUGGGCGUGGAAUGGCUGGAGAGCGACGAGAGCGCGAUGAAGGAGCCGAUUGUGAUCGAGAGUCCUGAAGGUCUGGGGAUGAAGAUGCCGCCGAAGAGCUUCACGGUGGAGGACGUCGCAGAGGUCAUAGGGAAGGACUUCCCGGUCGAGGUCAUCGAUGUCGCUACACAGUCGAACACCCCCGGGUGGACUCUGGGCAAGUGGGCAGAGUACUACGCUCAGGAGCCAUCCGUCCGUGACAAGAUCAGGAAUGUCAUCUCGCUCGAGAUCUCAGGAACUGAAUUGGCGGACAAGGUGCUUCCUCCGAGGCUGGUGCGUGAGCUGGAUUGGGUGGAGAAGUUCUGGCCUAGUACGAAGAAGGGCAGAGGAAAUGCAUACCCAAAAGUGCAGCUGUAUUGUCUGAUGGGCGUUGCCGGUGCUUGGACUGACUGGCAUGUCGAUUUUGCUGGCUCUUCCGUCUACUACCAUAUCUUGCACGGCACCAAGGUAUUCUAUUUCAUCCGGCCGACUCCUGCGAAUCUGCAUGCGUACGAAAGAUGGUCUGGCACAGAGAUGCAGAAUCAUUCGUGGUUGGGCGACCUAUGUGACGAGGUAUACAAGGUCGAGCUACACGAUGGUAACACGAUGAUCAUCCCGACGGGAUGGAUUCACGCUGUGUAUACACCCGAGGACACGCUCGUAUUUGGGGGUAACUUCUUGCAUUCAUACAAUGUCCCAGUCCAGCUCAAGGUACGCGAAAUCGAGAUCACUACGCAUGUACCGAAGAAGUUCAGGUUUCCUCAUUUCGUCAAACUGUGUUGGUACGCUGCAGAGAAGUAUCUCCGCGACCUAAAAGCCAAGGAAGAGUUCUCUCCGCGUGUACUUGAAUCUGUCGAAGCACUAGUGGACUUCCUGGUCGGCGAGGCGCGGGCGAUGGAGCGCGGCACGGACCACGCGAAACGCGAGGCCAAGGAGCAGGUACCAGGCGAUCGUGUGAAGGACGCGCCAGCACUCGCGCGAGAGCUGCGCUGGCGCGUGCGCCUUGCGCGGGAAGAGCCCAGCGAUGACGAGGGUCGUGGGCACAGAAAGUCGCUCAAGGCCAACGGCAGCGCCGAUAGCCUGUCCAAUGGUACGAGCGCGAAGCGGAAGCGCUCUCCUGUCGCCGAGGAUGCUGGGAUGUUUCGGAACUUCAAGCCCAGGCUGUGGGAGCGCGUCGUUACUGUGCCCGUCGAGCGCGAGAGCCGUGUGGUCAAGGCUCGGCGGCCAGCGCCGGGCGGCGAAGACUGGGAGGCGCGCUGGGCGGAAUGGAAGGAUAGUGUGGAAGGGAAGACUGAAGAAGGGACAGAGGAGGUGCAGGUAGAGCGCAGAAAGGACGUGAUAGUAAAGGUGAGGAGGACGGGGAAGGGGAUUGAGAGGCAGCGGGUGGAAAGGGUCCUUGAACAGUGGGUGUGGGAAGGCAGAGAGGAGAAAACGGAGGUCAAACCUCCAGUGGUGAAGGAGGACGGGGAUGUGGAUAUGGCGGACCCAUCGGCCGUCGCCAUCGCAGAGGGAGCGGGGUCGACGAGCAAGGCGGGUCUAGAGGGAGGAGUCCAGGAGGAUCGUCCAGAGGCUUCGGGUCUGAACGGGCAUGCGAUGGACAUUGUGGACACCAACGACACCGUGCCCCUGGACCAGCCUCAAGCAGCAGCAACAUAACGUUCGCCCUAUCAUUAUUGUCUACACUUUGUAUGGUAUUCUCGUCAGUUGUCGGAACUUUGCACGCCCUCGUAUGGCUUAGACUC